UUUAUGAACUAUUUCCAGUACUGUCAAAAAAGAAAAUAGAUAUACAUAGGACUUCUUAGCUUAUAAAAGGAAAUGAUGAAGAAGUUGAAAAAAGUUUACUGUUAACAAUAUUCCUCAAAAUGCCAUCUUUAAACCUCAUGCACUUUCUCAUCAUGAUAUCCAUACUCGUCAUCACCAGCAAAUCAAUAACCCCAAUUCACCGCUCCCAUUUCUGCUCAAACACAACUACUUUCUCCCCCAACACCACUUACAACUCCCACCUCAACAAGCUCCUCGCUUCCCUCUCCGCCGCCGCCGCCCUCAGCGAAUUCUUUGCCCAAAAGACCGUCGGUGUAAGCCCACCCGGCUCCAGUGUUUACGGUAGCUACCUCUGCCGCGGCGACCUUGACACAACCGCCUGCCACACCUGCAUCGCCACCGCCACCGACGAUGCCCCCCAGCGAUGCCCUUUCAAAAAGGAGGCGGUAUUAUGGUACGACGGCUGCAUGUUGCGCUACUCAAAUAGGCCCUUUUUCGGCAUCAUGGAAGAGAAGCCGAGCAGCUUUGUGGUGGAUCCGUGGAACGGGACAAGACAAGAGGGAUUUAAAAAGGCUCUAGAGGAGGCUAUAAUGAGUGAGUCCGCUUUGGCUGAGGCUGCAAAUAAUACUAGUAGUAAUGGGAAUUACAAUAAUAUUAAGCAAAUCAAGUACUACUUCAGGACAAAAGAGGUCAAAGUGACGUCGUUUCAGACGAUUUGCAGCCUUGUGCAGUGCACGCCGGACUUGGAAAGUGGUGAGUGUAGAAAGUGUUUGAAGGAUGCGAUGAGAAUGAUUGGGUCUUGUUGUGAGGGCAAAGAAGGGGCCACCAUUCUCUUCCCUAGUUGUAAUGUUAGGUUCGAGUUGUUCCCUUUUUACAACCGAAACACUACUACUGCAAACGAUCAAAUUAAGCCUAAAGGAAAAGAUCACAGGAUUUCAAUUCUAAUAGUUAUUGCCACUGUGAUAUCAAUCAUUUUCGUGUCAUUGGCAUAUUUUUUCUUGGGCUACUGCCUUUCUCGUCUCAGGAGAGCCAAGAGGAAGAAGGAUCCCAUUCCGCAACAAAAUGCAGGAAAUGAAAUUACAAGUACAGAUUCCUUGCAAUUUGACUUGAUUACCCUAGAAAUUGCUACAAACGAGUUUUCCAAUGACAAUAAGCUUGGACAUGGUGGAUUUGGUGACGUUUACAAGGGAAUACUUGGUAAUGGGCAACAAAUUGCUGUGAAGAGGCCAUCAAGGAGUUCUGGGAGAGAAUCACUCGAACAAUUUAAAAAUGAGGUUGCAUUAGUCGCUAAACUUCAACACAGAAACCUUGUCAGGCUUUUGGGGUUUUGCAUGGAAGCAGAUCCUGAAAAGAGAAUACAGUUGGAUUGGCCAACAAGAUGCAAGAUAAUAGAAGGGAUUGCGCGAGGAAUUUUAUACCUACAUGAAGAUUCUCGACUUAGAAUCAUACAUCGUGAUCUUAAAGCCAGCAAUAUAUUGUUAGAUGGGGAAAUGAAUCCAAAAAUAUCUGACUUUGGCAUAGCCAAGAUGUUUGGCAUUGAUGAUCAAACAGAAGGAAACACCAAAACAAUUGUUGGGACAUAUGGUUAUAUGGCACCAGAAUACGCGAUGGGGGGAUUGUAUUCUACAAAAUCUGAUGUAUUUAGCUUCGGAGUAAUCUUGCUUGAGAUACUAACUGGAACAAAGAAUUCCGGCUUUCAUCCCACAAAACUGGCAUCUUCCCUGCUUCCACAUGCUUGGCAAUUGUGGAAUGAAGGAAAAGCUUUGGAGUUGAUGGAUCCGGUCUUGAAAACUUCAUGUCCAGCCAACGAAUUUCUGAGAAAUAUGCAGAUUGGUUUAUUAUGUGUUCAAGAAGAACCACUCAUCAGGCCGACAAUGUCGUCUGUAGCUAUGAUGUUGAAAAGUGAUCAUCAAAGUUCUAUGGGCCGUCUUUCAAAUCCUAGGCCGGCUCCGUUCUCCGGUGGAAGAUUCAAUAAUGACAUGAAUGAGCAUGAUGAACUAGGUAUUGAUGACUACUGCUCUACUAGCAGUUUGACAGUUUCAGUUUUGGACCCUAGGUGAGGUACUUAUUAUAUAUAAGAGGGACAAAGAUAUGCAUUCUACAUACUAGGCGGAAAAACUAUAUCAGUUUCUUAAUUUUUCUUUUAUAUAUGCAUCUCUUGUAAUUUUGCAAUAAUAUGAUUUACAGUGUUAUAGCUAUGAACCUAAUUGUAACA